UCACAAUCUCCCCACACCCCCUCCGUUAUGCUCUCUGUAUAAUUGCCACAGGGCAGAUGUUUAUAUAUGAAGUCCCUAUCAGCUCCACAACUACUGUUUCCAGUUCCUGCUCUGCUGUUCCCCAAUCUCCCUUCUCUCCCCCUCAGAGACACCUGCGAUCAGUUUGUUCUUCCGCUAGCAGUGCUUACCGUUUUCAUUUCUCGUGUGAAGCAGGUCGAUUCGUGCCGGUUCACCGCCAGCCCCGGUUGCUCCUGCCCUCUAAGGCUCUAGGGGCCUUACUGGUGUUUGCUUCCUCAAGUUUCAGGUUCUUUGGUCAAAUAGCCAGUUGAAGCUGCUCUUGCUGCUGCACAAUGUCAACAACUGAAAGCAGAAGGCUGUCCGAUGACUAUGAAGUUGCGGAUGUCCUUGGCCGAGGCGGUUUUUCCAUAGUCAGAAGAGGUGUGAGCAAGUCUGAUGAUGGAAAGACCCAGGUCGCAAUAAAGACUCUCCGAAGGCUCGGCCCUGCGAUGAUGGGGAUGCAGCAGGGGUCAAAGGGCGCACCAAGCUCGGGCGGCCUCCCGCUGUGGAAGCAGGUAUCCAUCUCCGACGCGCUGCUCACCAACGAGAUUCUUGUCAUGAGGAGGAUAGUGGAGAACGUCGCGCCGCACCCGAACGUCAUCAGCCUGCACGAUGUGUACGAGGAUGCGCACGGCGUACACCUCGUCCUCGAGCUGUGCUCAGGUGGCGAGCUGUUUGACAGGAUCAUAGGGCGCGAGCGGUACUCGGAGUUUGAUGCGGCCGCUGUUGUUAGGCAGAUUGCUGGUGGGUUGAAGGCUCUUCACAAGGCCAACAUCAUACACAGGGACUUGAAGCCAGAGAACUGCCUCUUCUCAGACAGAAAAGAAGAUUCCACGCUGAAGAUUAUGGAUUUCGGUUUGAGUUCUGUAGAAGAUUUCAGUGACCCGGUUGUGGCGCUGUUUGGGUCGGUAGAUUAUGUUUCACCAGAGGCACUCUCGCGGCAAGAGGUUUCGACUGCAAGUGAUAUGUGGUCUGUUGGGGUGAUUCUGUAUAUUCUUUUGUCCGGGUGCCCACCAUUUCAUGCUGCAACUAAUCAAGAAAAGCAGCAAAGGAUCCUGCAAGGUGAAUUCAGUUUUCAGGAGCAUACAUGGAAAACAAUAACUUCAUCAGCCAAAGAUUUGAUUUCCAGUCUGCUUUCCGUUGAACCUUACAAAAGGCCCACUGCGAGUGAUCUUUUGAUGCAUCCUUGGGUGAUAGGAGACUGCGCCAAGCAAGAUCGCAUCGACGCAGAGGUUGUCUCGAAACUGCAGAGGUUCAAUGCUAGAAGGAAAUUGCGGGCAGCAGCAAUAGCCAGCGUCCUGAGCAGCAAAGUGGCAUUGAGGACAAAAAGGCUGAGGAGUCUUUUAGGAACCCAUGACCUUACCUCGGAAGAGCUAGAUAACCUGAGGCAACAUUUUGCACGGAUAUGCGCAGAUGGAGAGAACGCCACACUAACAGAAUUCGAGCAGGUGCUGAAAGCAAUGAAGAUGGACUCGCUGAUCCCUCUAGGUCCUCGUGUAUUUGAUUUGUUCGACAACAACCGUGACGGAACCGUGGACAUGAGGGAGAUCCUUUGCGGGCUCUCCAGCCUGAGGAACUCGCGGGGCGACGACGCUCUGCGGCUCUGCUUCCAGAUGUACGAUGCCGAUCGGUCGGGCUGCAUCAGCAAGGAAGAGCUGGCUUCGAUGCUCCGGGCGCUGCCUGAGGAGUGCCUCCCGGGGGACAUCGCGGAGCCGGGGAAGCUGGACGAGAUGUUCGACACGAUGGACGCCAACGGCGACGGCGAGGUCACCUUCGACGAGUUCAAGGCGGCGAUGCAGAAGGACAGCGCCCUGCAGGACGUCGUCCUCUCAUCCCUGCGACCCGGGCAGCAGUAGACUUCUCCAUUUCAGAUCGAAUUUGUACUAGCUGAACGUGCAGUCUCCUGCCUGAACUCUGUCUUUCCCUCCACCGGCUGCUGUAAAAUGGAAAGGGGAACAAAAACAGUAGAUGCUGCGCCGUUUGUGGUUAAACACUUAAACUCCUGCACGAUAUUUAUUUCUAAGGGAGCACA